UGAAGGGCGGGGCAUCUCUGUGAUUCUCCGCGACGUUAAAUGGGUGGGAGGAGGGCCCACCCACCGCAUGGCAAACAAGGACGGGGAGCGAGGCAUCCUGGAAAAUUCUUGUCAUCUUUCGAACCAAACAGGGCACGAUGCUCACUCUCCACCCAUCAAUCAAUUGGGUUUCCUAGGCAAAUCCAGCUCCGUUUUCCCUGCUAAAUAAUGUGUUCUCUUCAUUUUACACUCUAAAUGGAAUCCUCAGAAACCUCAGAGCAAGAGGCAAGCUCCAAUUCAGCUGGGCAUGGCGAUUCUCUUCCACCAACACCACUUCCGCAGGCUGAUUUCAACAAGAAAGAUUCUGCAAAAGCUGUUUUAAAUUCAAGCCCAUCUGCAAGGAAUUCAGAUCUAUGUCUUCAAAUACCUCCAAGAAAUGACGGUAUUGGGAGUAGGAGCCACACUAAGUGCUUACUUCAAUCCCCAGAUGUUUCAAAGGGCAGUUCAUCAAGCAAGAGAUUUCUUAGUGCUUUAAGCUUCAAGAGAAAGGCUUCUAUACCUGAUAGUGAAAGAAGCUCUCUUCUCCGUUUGGAUCCCAAACCAGCUCCUGAAAGCCCUAAUUUUUUAAAUUCGCUCUCCAGUUUGAAUUGGAAAAGAUGUACUUCUUUACCCGUGACACCUGCUUCAAACUCCUCUCCAUCUCCUACUCUAAAUUCUGCAAGGGCAUUCAGUGAACGCCAGAAGUUACAAUCAUCGCGAAUAGGUACAUCUAAAACUGCUGUUACAAGGUCACUUUCUGUUGUCAUUGUGAGAUCCUUUUCCACACAUGAAGAGCAUUCCCCUAGUACCGGUGAUGAAAUUACAGCUGCCCCUGAGGAUGAGGAUCGUGAGAUUCCCGAAGAGGAAGCGGUGUGCAGAAUAUGUUUUGAUGCGUGCACAGAAGGAAACACACUUAAGAUGGAAUGUAGCUGCAAAGGUGACCUUAGGCUUGUACAUGAGGAGUGUGCAAUCAAGUGGUUUAGCAUUAAAGGGAACAAAACGUGUGAGGUGUGUAGGCAAGAAGUGAUGAAUUUGCCUGUUACAUUGCUUCGAGUGCAAAGCACUGCUCAACAAGAUGUCAGGCAGAUGCAGCCUCACUGGCAGAAUUUGAACUCACAACAGCCAAUAAGUGCUUGGCAGGAUUUCGUUGUACUUGUAUUGAUUAGUACAAUAUGCUACUUCUUUUUCAUUGAGCAAUUGCUGAUCCGUGAUAUGAAAACUGGAGCACUAGUGAUUGCUGCGCCAUUCGCAUUUGCAUUGGGCAUUUUGGGAUCUGUUUUUGCAGUCAUGCUAGCAAUUAAAGAGUACAUAUGGACAUAUACUGCUUUAGAAUUUGCACUGGUGGCUUUGCUCCUAAACCUAUUCUAUACUACGCUCCAUUUUCCGGCCGCUUACUCAGUGAUGAUUUCAUCUGUUGUGGGGUUUGGAGGCGUUGUUUGCCUCAACUUUUUGUACAUGCAAUAUUUCAAUUGGAGAGUUCAAGUUUCCCAAAGCUCUGAACCAGUAUGAGCCCCAAAGAUGAUUGUUACUUGUAAAUGCAUGUUUUGCCCCCUCUCAGAUCUAACAAUGGGACAGCGUAGCUAGAGAGUAUUAUCCUGUGAGUGUUGAGGGAGUUUAGUGAAGGAAUUGUCCAGGAAGCAGUUUUUGUGGUAACAUUUUGGGGGUUUCAACUUUAUCCGUUCUUAUUGAAUAAAAUCUGGAAUUUAUGUAUACGCUUUGUGCAUUAAAUAAGAUUUCCAGCAAUCCUAUUUUGUGAUGUCCCUGAGUCAACGCUCCCC